UUUGUCGGCAGACAGUCAGUCAGAAGGACCGGAGUCCCAGCGGCAGUUUAGGAGAGUCUGAGCGGGGAAAUCUGUGUCCAAUACGGGAGAAGUCAACAGGGGGAUUCCGCGAUGAGUUGGGGAACGGAGCUCUGGGACCAGUUCGAGAAUCUGGACAAACACACUCAGUGGGGGAUCGACUUUCUUGAGCGAUAUGCAAAGUUUGUCAAGGAGAGGCUGGAGAUAGAGCAAAACUACGCCAAGCAACUAAGGAACUUGGUGAAGAAAUAUUGUCCAAAACGUGCUAAAGAUGAGGAGCCAAGGUUCACGUCGUGUCUGUCCUUCUACUCCGUGCUGAAUGAACUCAACGACUACGCCGGGCAGAGGGAGGUGGUGGCCGAGGAGCUGGCUCACAAGGUGUACGGAGAGCUGAUGAGGUACAGCCUGGACCUGAAGGCUGAGAGGAAGCAUCACCUACAGGAGGGCAGGAAGGCCCAGCAGCAUUUGGAUCACUGCUGGAAACAGAUGGACAAUAGUAAAAGGAAGUUUGAGAGAGAGUGUAAAGAAGCUGAGAAGUCCCAGAUUUCCUUCGACCGGUUAGAUAAUGACAUCAACGCCACCAAAUCAGAGGUGGAGAAGGCUAAAGCCCAGUUCUACCUGCGGACUCACAUGGCUGACGAGAGUAAGAACGAGUACGCCGCUCAGCUGCAGAACUUCAACGCAGAGCAGUGGAAACAUUUCAACAACGCCAUCCCGCACAUCUUCAAGAACCUGCAGGACAUGGACGAGCGUCGGACGGUGAAGCUCGGGGAAACGUACCGGAGCUUCGCCGAGGCGGAGCGGAGAGUCAUCCCCAUCGUCUCCAAAUGUCUGGAAGGAAUGGUGUCUGCUGCCAAGGCUGUCGACAUGAGGAGGGACUCGUCCAUCGUGGUGGAGUCGUUUAAGUCGGGCUUCGAUCCUCCGGGCGACUUCCCCUUCGAGGACUUCAGUCAGAAUCUGAGCAGAACGGGUUCAGACGGGACCAUCAGCAACACACCCAAAGGAGACCGAGACCGGGAGAAGGACGGGGCCCCGGGGCCGCGCUCCGACCCCAAACACCCCAUGAGCAGAACCAAGAACAAGCUGUGGCUGUUUGGGAAGAAACCAAAGGCUCCGUCUCUGGAGGACUUCAGCCACCUGCCCCCCGAGCAGAGGAGGAAGAGGCUGCAGCAGAGGAUCGACGAGCUCGGCAAAGAGCUGCAGAAAGAGAUGGAUCAGAGAGACGCCCUGAACAAGAUGAAGGACGUGUACGAGAAGAACCCACAGAUGGGCGACCCCAGCAGCCUGCAGCCCAAAAUAUCAGAGACCAUCUGUAACAUGGAGAAGCUGCGCUCGGAAAUCCACAAAAACGAGACCUGGCUCUCUGAGGUGGAGGGGAAGCAGAGCUCCAGAGGAGACCGGAGACACAGCGCUGACAACCACCACCACACUCCUCAGGGCAGAGAGAGUCCUGAGGGCAGCUACACAGAUGACACCAGUCAGGAGCACCACCCGCCUCACCACCGCUCCACCCCGCCACAGCCCGGCCCGCCCAACCCCGACCCCCACGAGUUUGACGACGAGUUCGACGAUGACGACCCGCUGCCUGUUAUUGGACACUGCAAGGCGCUCUACUCCUUCGAUGGUCAGAACGAGGGGACGCUGGUGAUGGCAGAAGACGAGGUGCUGUACAUCAUCGAGGAGGAUAAAGGUGACGGGUGGACGCGGGCGAGGAAGCAGAGCGGCGAGGAGGGCUACGUCCCCACCUCCUACGUAGAAAUCACCAUGGAGAGAAACAGCAAAGGUUCCUGAGGGCUGCAGGGUGGCCGGGCGAUUUGAUUGGCUGGUGGAGGGCUCACGCUGAUUGCUGAUUAUUGGUGGUGGGAAGGGUGAAACGAGAGAGAGAGAGAGGGAGGGAAGGCAGGUCUGCAUGUCUGCAUGCUCACAUAUCCAUAAUAAUAAUAAUAAUAAUAAUAAUAAUAAUCAGCAUCUGGGUUACAGCAGGAAGAGUCAAAGACCUUUAAAGCCAAAAACAGGCGCUAAUAUCGUUUAAUAUUUUAACUAUAAGUGUUAGCAGCUGGAGAAGUCCCACCCUGACGUGCAGAAACGUGAAAAAAAGUUGCAAACAAACACAUUUAUUUAUGACUUCUCAGUGUUAUAAGCAGCAUUUAGCACCGAAGUGUUUGCAAGUUAAACAGUUUGCAGGAGAUUUUUGGCAACUUUUUAGUCACUCAUCACGCUCCUACGCUGCUCGUGAAAUAUUCUUUAUAGCUGCAAAAGUUAACAGGUGCAUCUCAAUAAAUAAGAAUAUCAUAGAAAAGUUUAUGUCAGUAAUUCAUGUCAGUAAGCAAUUCAAAAAGUGGAAAUAACACAUUAUAUAGAUCCAUCAACGCAGUAUGAAACAUUUCAUGUCUUCAUUUAUUUAAUUUCUUCUAAUUAUAAUUAUGGCUUACAUUUAAUGAAGACCUAAAAUUUAAUGUCUCCAAAAAAUUGUAAUAUUACAAUAGACCAAUUUUAUAGACAAAUAUAAUGAUAACAAAAAUAGCUCAUAAUAGUUUAAUUGAAGAGCUGAUAUCUAGACAUUUUCCAUGGUCGUCUUUAAAUUCAUUAUCAAGAAAACCAUGUUAAAUGUCUAGAUAUCAGCUCCUAAAUUAAACCCUUAUGAGCUAUUUUUGUUGUUAUCAUUAUAUUUGUCCAAACAAAUGUACCUUUAGUUGUACCAGGCAUUAAAAUGAACAAGAAUUUGAAGAAAACAAGGGUCUAAUAACUUUUUCCAUGGCUGUAUUUGUGUUACAUAUUCUGUGAAACGCUACACGUGCAAACUUUUCCUCCAGACUUCUGAUGCGGCUCCUCGUGAGAGAAAAAAACAGUUGAUUAAGGGUUCAUCGCCUCUUUAAAAAUCAGUUGUGCUUGCAGUAUAUUUGCUGCCACUAACAAUGAGUCAUCAUCAUCAUCAUCAUCAUUAUCUGUGCUCUGUUGGUGAUGUCUGCCUGCCUGCCUGAGCCACUCUGCUCCUCAUGCCUGCCUUCACCUUCACACAGCUGCAUGACUUAACGUCUUAAACAUGAUUUUUUUAACAUGCAACUUUGCGUGUGUGUUUGUGUGUUUGUGUGUGUGUGCGUGUGUGUGUGUGUGUGCGCACAGCUGUGGCCGAGUCAUGUGUUGAAUGCCGCGUCAUGGAAGUCCAGCAUGAUUUUGUUGUUGUGCAUUUGAAUGUUACUCAUCAGGCAGGAGAAACAGAAAACAGGACCCCUUCUCUCCCUCUCUCUUUUCCUUUUUUUCCUCUCCUUUUCCUCCUGGGCUGUAAUACCACCAGUCGACCAGCAGAUGGCAGCCUUUCCUCGCCCAAAAACCUCUUCUCAAUAACACCAAAACAUAAAAAAGGAGGCUCUUCCGGUGUGUUUGCAGUCAGACUCUGCCUUAAAACUUCACGUCGUUUUACUGUGGAGGGAUUAUUCCACUCAUAUCUGGAUGUGUCUGCUCUACAAGCCUGACUACAUCUCCCAUCAGCCACCUUGGGGACUCUCGACUACAUCUCCAUUUAAAAGAUACAAAAAAGAAGAAAAAAAAAUCCAUUUUAAUCAGUUGUAUUUGUGAAUGUGCCGACACACGCAAGCACGUAUCCACGUCAUGUACACACGUUUAUAGGCGAUAUAAACGUGUGUGCGUGUGUGUGUCACAUGUAGUUUUAACCAUUGAAUGAUUUGUACAUAUUAACAUCUUUUUUAAUGUCAUGCUGAAUGUGUUUCCAUGUUGAUUGUUUUUAGGGUUUUCAUUGUUUGUUUGAUCAUGAGAGACAACAAGGUUUGAAUUGAACUGAUGCACUUUGCCCUGAAGUACUACAGCGUUUGGAUCUGAUUUAAAUGAACGAGUUAUUAAUGAAUGAGAGGAUGAAUGUGAGCUUUCUGGAUGACCACUGUGUAGCAGCGAGUAAAGAAAGAAAAAAAAAAAAACAGCUCUUUUUCCCUCCUGAUAGUUUUUAUACUGGUUUUUAUAUGACCAACUUUUGUUUUUGCAUGAUUUUCUAGAAUUAAAUUCAUCUGGUGAUUGUUUUAUUUUUCACUGUUUCUCUUCAGUAGACUAACAACUAAACUACACGUCUGAAGUAGAGUUUGAUCUGGUGGCGACGCCUCGGCUGUCGUCUGAAGCUGUGAAAUGUACAGAAAGAUGCUGUCGCUGUUACUUGAACUUCGGCAACGUUUCUCCACAUUUUCCCUCCUGUCUGCGACCACAUGAUGUAGAAAAAAUAACAGGAUUAUAAAAGGAAACUUUCUCAAAAUAAUGACUUUGUAUCUUUUGAGAAAGUGUUCUGUAUUUUGAGAAAGUUUAUUUUGAAAAAAAUAUUUUUUCUUUAGUUUCUUUUCGUUUCUUUUAUUUUGAAAAAAAAAGUUUUUUCUUUAAUUUGAAGUUUUUUUCUUUAUUUAAUUUUAUUUUUUUAUUUUAUUUAAUUUUUUUAUUUUUAAUUAAUUUUCUUAAUUUUAAACUUUUUUUUAAUUUAUUUUGAGUUAUUUUCUUUAUUCUAGUAAGUUUUUUCUUAAUUUUGAGAAACUUUUUCUUUAAUUGAAGGUAAGUCUUUUUUUGAUAAAGUUCUCAAAAUAUUUGGAGAAAAAUUUUCUUAAUUCUAAGAUUUUUUUAAAAAUGAUUCAAAAAAAUAUUAUUUUUAAAAUACUAAGUCAUUUUUUUUGAGAAUGUUUCAUUAGUUCCAGAUUUUUGUCAUUAUUUUAAGAUGCUGACAAUUUAAAACAAAAUUCAAACCAGGAUCUUUUUUUUUUUUUCAUCACAAUUUUUCCUCUAUUUUUGUCUUUUACGGGCAGAGAUUAGCUUCCAUACAACCCAUUAAAUCCCAUUUCCUUUCAUUUAUUUUUGAAUGUUUAAUCUAUAAAAUUAAAAUUUAAAUGGUGAAUAAGGCCUAUCGAAGGUUUCUAACAGCUCGAUGUCUUCCAAUGUUGUUUUCAUUCAACAAAGACCCAAAGACUUUCAGUUAACGCUAUGAACAAGAUGAAAGGCAACACAGUUUUUAGAUUUUUAUUGCUAAAUGACUUCUGAAAAAAUAAACCGAUCGCACCAGUUUCAGCACUAAAAUCAGUAGAACCUGCUUGUAGUUGUGAAUGUGAAGAUAAAGGCAGCGACCUCCUGCUCAAUUAGUGUUUCUGUUGCUUUUACUAACAGACGGAGCGUACUGUCCCUUUAAUCAAACAAUACAUGAUGUCAGUAGAAACGCAGCAGCUUUAAAAUCCACCAAAUGUCCCAUUAACAGUUAAUUUUUAAAACCUUAUAAAAACUGUGAGCUAAGCAUUAUAAAAGCCACUGUGCUGUAAUUCUGAAUAUUAUGCAAAAACAUAACGAAGCAGCUUUGAGGUGUUUAAAUAUGAUAAAGUUCUCAUACAAAGAGCUUCUUCUACAUUCCUGUUGUUUAUAAACUCAUGUUUGUCCUGUGGAAACUUUGUACAGAUUCUCCAGCAAUUCUUUUUUUUUUUAUCAUCAUCAUCCAGUCACAGUAAAUAAUAAAACAGCAGCAGGUACAGCAGGUGAUUCUGCAGGAUAUUUAAUGUGUUUUUACCACGUUGUAUAUGUUGUAAUAACCAAUGGCAGUACUUCUUCUCCUCCUCCUCUCCAUAUUGUUGUGCACAUCUUUUUACUUUGAAUGUUGUCAGACACUUUGUGAACAAAAUGCUUUUGGGUUUUGUUUUUUUCUUCUUCUUCUUCUUCUUCUUCCGAGAUAUUGUUCUAAUAAAAUAAGCAGCGAUGAAAAGUG